CUGUUUCUAGAGAAAUAGUAUCUUACAAAAAUAUAAAACCAUCAAAAUUGAAUGCAGAGUGGAGAGCGUGAGAUAUUUUUUCUUUCCAAAUCAAGGUGCGUUUUUUUUUUCACUCUGCACUUGCAAACAAAGAAAAUGAGUGUCAGAAGAAGAAAAAUGGAGAAACUUGCAAACUCUUUUUCGGUGUUAGAACUUGACGCUGAUGAUAGCCAUGUUCACCCUCUUCCUCCUCCUUCCCCUUCCACUGCCACUCAUGGUCAUAGCGAUGAGAGAGUUAAUGGCAAUGGUGACACUUCUCUGGUAAAAAUUGAGAAACAAAAAAGCGAUAAGAGAGUUAAUGGCAACAAUGCUGACUCUUCAGUAGCGAAAGAUGAUGAACAAAACCAACUCAAUGUAGCGGCUCCUUUAUGUGAAUACAAGAUGCCUCUUGUUUGGAUUGACUUGGAAAUGACCGGUUUAAAUAUUGAAGUGGAUAGAAUACUGGAAAUUGCUUGUAUAAUUACAGAUGGAAAUUUAACCAAAUCAGUGGAGGGUCCGGAUUUGGUCAUCCACCAAAGUAAGGAGUGCCUUGACAGAAUGGGAGAAUGGUGUCAAAGUCAUCAUGCGGCCAGUGGUUUAACAAAAAAGGUGCUUAAAAGUACAAUUAGCGAAAGAGAAGCUGAAAAGCAGGUUAUUGAAUUUGUUAAGAGACAUCUUGGUUCAUACACCUACUCCCCUCUCUUGGCAGGAAACUCGGUUUACGUGGAUUUUCAAUUUCUAAAGAAAUACAUGCCGGAAUUGGCUGCUCUCUUCUCUCAUGUGCUUGUUGAUGUUAGUAGCGUUAAAGCUCUUUGCAUCCGCUGGUAUCCAAGGGAUCAGAAGAGAGCACCUUCAAAAGAAAACAAACACAGGGCCAUGGAUGACAUUAGAGAAAGCAUUGAGGAGCUUAGAUACUACAAAGCAAGUAUCUUCAAGCCUAAGUCCAAGAAGUGAUGGAGUUGAAAGCAGAAGGCACCAUUUGAAUAUUUAGAGGUGUUACAGGUAAACCUCACAAGAUUUUAGGGAUGUAACAACUGGCUCGUGAUUGUGGAUACAAUAUAUAUUUUUGCAACAGUUGUAUAAUCCCAUAAUAUUGAUUUUGCACGAGUAACGCUUGUAACUUUUUUUUCAACUCUUUUAAGUCAAUUCAUGUACAUUUAUUUAAAUGAGAAAAACGAAAUGUUUUAAUUUCAA